GCCGUCAGCAUAAGGCUGCCGCGGACCAUUCAGGGCCCGCUCCCUUGUCUAUCGGUACCUGGUUGUCCGCCAGAAGGUCAACAACAAGGGGGUCAUGAUGCUCCGUUGCACGUUUUGCAACAAAGUUUUCCAAGGGACCCAGUUUCAGGGCACGAGGCACUUCACGCAGACAAACUAUUGCAAGGACGUCAACGACAAGGCGUUGUACGAAAUUGCUCGACGGACUCAGCAGAAGUUCGAGGCCGAUCAGAUGGAGAGGGUUGCACGGUAUGUGGCGGAGCGCGGACUCGAUGUGCCCGACACGGGUGGUGCAAGGGGAGGAGAGGCAGGGCGACGUCUGGCGGAGGGAGGGGUCGGGGGAGAUGGUGGGCAUGGUGCGGCAGAACCCACUUUGGGUGGUGGAGGCGGUGAGACGGAGGAGGGCGUGAUCCACGUGGAUUGCAAGGCGUGUGGCCCGGGUGAGGAGGGAGUCCAGGAACGGGAGGACGUGCCUGAGGUUUAUCCAGGCACUGGCGAGAGGUUGGAGGACUGGCGGAGGGGAGCAGGCAAGGGAGCUGCAAUGGAGGGGUCUUCCAAGAGGAAGGAAGGAGGGAGUGAUCCGUUUGCCACCCCAGCAGGGAAGAGGCUUCGCCAGCAGAAGGUGACUGAUGUCUACGGUGGCGACGGGGUCUCCUUCAAUGCCUUCCGCAACCAGGCGUGGAAGGCAUAUCAGCAGGUGCUUCUUGAGCAGCCUGGCAGUUCCCCGCGCGCAGUGCUCCCCAACCACUGCAAGAUUGCGAGUAUGCGGGCGGUGGAGACCCACCGUGCGGAGUUGGCAGAGGAGUUGGAGGAGGUGAGGCAGCCAUUCUGGGUGACUGGUGCCACCUUCCUCUCUGAUGGGAGGAAAUCACGAGACGGGAGACCGAUCGUGAAUUUCCUUGCUGCUGGCUUUCGAGGGGUCGUCGUGUACACGACGAUCAAUCGAGAGGGCGAGGCGGACGAUGCAGCGCACGUCCUUCGGAGAUGGGUUACCAUCUUCCACGAGUUCAGCUUCGGCAGGCCGCAGCGGAUCAAUGCAAUAUGCACUGACUCCGCUUCUGCCUAUGUGGGGGCUGCGAGGGCAUUGACCUCGCCGUCCAUGCCUCCUGCACUGAGGAGGAUCACUUGGCUCCCGUGCUCCGUCCAUGUGGAGCGGUACGAUGCUUGGCUUGUGGGGCAAGGCAAGAGGUAUAUUCUGACGCAAACGGGAUUCGAGUUGGAGGGUGCGGAGUACAUCCUUGCAUGUCGGCAGUUUGAGGACUUCCACAUUCAGCAGGGCAAGUUCAGGGAUUGGGGCGGGCCGGAGGGGCGUGCUCGUGGGCGCGCGUGCAGCGGCGACAGCGAGACGAUUGAGUGCGCGUCUUGGUGGUCUCAGUUCGGGUCGGGUGCGCCAAAGUUGCAGCGUUGCGCUCUUCGUGUGAUGCACAUGUGGUCUUGCGCCUCUCCAGCGGAGAGGAACUGGGCAGUCCACGAGGGCAUUCACAUGAAGAAGCGCAACCAGUUGGCCCUGGAGAAGGUCGUGCAACUCAUUGAGAUCACCGCAAAUGUGCGGUUGACUGAGUAUCGGCGGGCUGGAUGCGGUUAUGUGCUGCCAUGGCAGCGGGACGAGGGCAUGCUGGAUUGCCAGGCAGGACUCGAGUUGGAGCCUGUGCGCUCAGGGACUCGCAGGGGGAUGACGGAGGAGGAGAUCGCCCGUCAGGUUGCACUUAUUACCCGGGAUCCCAUCGGGGCGUCCGCACCACCCUCGACUGAUGUCGUUUCCGAUAGACGUGAUUGCAUUUUUCGUCCCUACCCCAGGGAGGACGACUCAGACGAGGAGCCGAUACCCGAGGCGGCAGAUGACCAUGCGCUCCACAUUCCCCGGGAGAUCGACGAGACACACGACGAUCCCGACUCCGAGGAGACGAGGGCACAUACUGCACGACGGGCGGCGGAUCGGACGGAGAGGGAGAUGCUGGGGGGAGACGAGGACUUAUGGGGCCCAUUUGGUGAGGUCGCUUCCACUGGCGGCCCAGAGGCGCAGGCGACGACCUCCACUCCGACGAGGCGGGAUUCGUCCAUGCCGCCACCUCCUGCUCCCACUCGUGCACCACCAUCGCCCGUCUCGCCACUUCAGCCGGACAGGGAGGAGUUGGAGUCUUCUUUGCCUCGGCGCAGCCUUCUCCACAGAGGCGGGGCAGAGGAGGGGGCACCUUCGGCAGCAGCAGUGGAGAGUUCAGCAGCACCAGCGGCGGUGUCGGACGUGACGAUCGCAGCCGCGGUGGAGGAGAUAGCAGCAGCAGCAACAACAUCAGUGCUGGAGGAGAUGGCAGCAUCAGUGCUGGAGGAGGAUCCACCAGCGGCAGGAGGAGGUGCAGCAGUGGAGGGGCAGGUGGCAGCAGCAGGAGGAGCAGGUGGAGAAGCAGCAGCAGUGGAGGUUGAGGUGGCAGCAGCAGCGGAGGAGGAGGAGGCACCGUCGACAGCUGAAGUGGAGGAGGAGAUAGCCGCACAGGCCGAGGUGCAGCGUGGGGGCAAUGAUGAGCGCCUCAUGCAGCAGUUCCUUACGGAGGAGCUCGAUCCGGCCAUAGCGGGCAUAACCCCGAAUGUGAAGAGGGGGUUUGGGAUUUCAGAUUCGGAGAUGGGGACCCACUUGGACUUAGAUUUGUCGGUGGGCCUUCCACCCAGUUGCGCCGGGGCGACAUCGACGGACCGGGCUCCAUCGAGGGACGAGACGCCAGGCAGGACUUCGACGCAGACCGCGAGAGAGAGGACGUUGACUGAGUCUCCAGAUGCAGCACACGACAUCAUGGAGCGAGAGAGGGCUAGACUUUUGGCAUCGACUGACCCUCGUGCUCAGGCGUUCGCACGGGCCGUAGAGGAGGACAGGUGUCGAGAGAUAGGGGGGGAUUGUGUGCAGGGUAGGGCGGUGGGGGGGGAGGACGUCGUGCACAGGCAGAGAGGAGUGUCGACUGAGACCUUAGAGUACGCUCUGAGAGCAGCGACGCGUGCCGUGCAGGAGCAGACUCCACGCUUGCGUGGAGUGCCUCCUCGUCCACGCCCCGUGCCUGCAGAGGGAGGCGCAACAUUUGGAAAGAGUUCAGGGGCGGAGGGGUUGGGGAUGCCUCGUGGUUCCCGCCAUGAGCAGACCAUUGCAGAGGCUAGUGCGGGGGUUGUUGUGUUGAGGAAGGGAGGAGGCCCAGUCACCAUCGAGGAGGAUGAUCCUGAUACGGAUGUGGUUGUGCCGCCUGUGCGGGAUGUGGACGAGGACUACGAGGGCGAGGAGGGGGGAGAGGAGGAUAGCAGGAGCGGCUCCGAUGGUGACGACGACGACGACUACGAUGAGCCCCCACCUCCCCAGGACCCCCACCGACGCGUGCAUCUAGACGCUCCGCUGCACGGACUUUUUCAUCCUCACGAGGGAGGAAGAAGUCGACAUCCGACACUCGAGGGGGCACGAGGAUACACAGCGGGAAGGGGAAGAAAGGUCGUUGACCGAUGAGGCCAACACUCCGCUUCUCCCCUACUCGCACUGUACGUCGUCAUCUUGUGCGAUUGUAGUUUUUUUGGUAGUCUGAGUCGUCUCGUCUUGUCUCGGUAUUGUCAGACACUC